AUGCUUUGUGCCCAAACAGUUCCAGCCGAAAUAGUUGGGAUCAUAAAUUUGACGAUCAAGAUUGUUAAUAGAAUCUUGUCAAAAGCACUCUACCAUCGUCAGUUUAAAGAAUUCUUAAACGAAAUAGAGGCUCAGUAUUCCGACCUCCUUCUUCACAAUAAAGUGCGAUGGCUUUCCAAAGGUAAGGUGUUGAAACGUUUUACUUUGUGCUUGAAUGAAAUAAAUACAUUUCUAAAUGAAAAAGGCAUUAAUCACCCUGAAUUAGGGAAUGACAAAUGGCUGCAAAAAUUUUACUUUGUGGUGGAUAUCACAGCGAAAUUAAAUGAGCUGUAUCUAAAACUACAAGGAAAGGGAAACCCAGCCUAUGUUUUGGUGGAAGAAUUGGUUUGUUUUGAAGAAAAAUUAAUUCUUUUUGCAGAAGAUAUUCAGAGCGGUAAAUUACUUCAUUUUCAAUGUCUAAAGCAAUAUCGCGAUAAAACCAGUGCAACUGUUGACACGAAUUACUUCAGCACAGUUACAAAAAAAAUUAAAGAUAUGUUUUCUGGCCGAUUUGAACAAUUCCAAACCAACAAAACCACUCUAGCAUUCAUAGUUAAUCCUCUCAACCCAAACAGUACCGAAAUCCACGUUGAGCCAUUUGGAGUUGAUACUGGAUCUUUAGAAAUGCAAUUGAUCGAUUUAAAAAGUAAAGCUUUGUGGAGUGAAAAAUUUACAGAAUAA